AUGUCUCUCGCCGGCCUCACUUCUCUGUCAUUGGGUGACAUUGCCACCGUAAUCGGAAUAGCCAUUCAAGUUCACAAAGCUCUGAGGGAGAGCGCCGGUUCUGCCACAGAACACCAAGCCCUUCUCGCUGACCUUGACUCACUCUCACAACUCCUGCAGACCGUACAGGCUACACGUGUUCUCUCUUAUCGUGAACUCGACGAAGCAACUACUUCGCUAGGACGUGCCAUUCGACAUAAUCUGAGUGACUCGAACGUCCUACUAGGCGAGGUCUAUGCGAAGAUUACAGGAUACCAGACGAUUUCGAAGAGAGAUGCAGGGAGCAUGAAGGAUCCGUGGACGGAAAUGGAAUGGACUGUGCUCGAUAAAGAGGUUACGAAACAGAUCAGAAGACGUUUGGAUCGGUAUACGCAGUCUCACAACGCUGUUUUCAGUGUUACAGUCCUUAACCCAACUAGUUCGGUGCACGGAGGGCUAUUUGGCCCUCGCUCAUCAUCUCCUGUGGAUGAAACUUUGCAACACUCUGUGCAUCCGACCCCACCACCGUCGGACGCCACAGAUGACGUAGUAUCUGACUCCUGGCAACUCAAGGUCCAGGAACUGUACCCGCCUUUUCGCAACCCUUUGACGCCACAGGGAGACGACAUAUGGAGGGAACGAUUUGGUUUGCCCACAUUUUUCUCUACUUGA